AUGCCGCACGCUGCUGCAGCCGUACGCCGCGCCCUACUUCAGCACCGAGCCGCCGCACUCGCCCGACUGAGUGCAGUGCACCGUGCCCCGCGUGCCGCACGCUGCUGCACCCGUACGCCGCGCCAUACUUCAGCACCGAGCCGCCGCACUCGCCCGACUGAGUGCAGUGCACCGUGCCCCGCGUGCCGCACGCUGCUGCAGCCGCACGCCGCGCCCUACUUCAGCACCGAGCCGCCGCACUCGCCCGACUGA